GGCCAGAAGAUGGCAUCGGAUCCCCUGGAGUGGGAGUUAAAGGCUGAGUAAUCCAAUAUGGGUGCUGAGAACCAAAGCCUGGCCCUCCGGAAGAGCAACAACCCGUCGUCUUUUGCUUUUAUACAAGAGAACUUUCAGGAUAUAAUUUUGUACUAGUAAGUUUUGAUUUCCCGCUUUCUGUGAAGGUCCUGCCAGCAUCUUCCCUAUAUGGAUCUAGCCCAAGCUUGUGUGCAACACACGAGGAAACCAUGUGGAGAGACCGAGAUCCGGAGCUGCAGGGAAGCCUGCCCAAUGAAAGGAGGAAGCUCGCCCUCUUCCGCUAAGACGUAGGGGAGAAGGCCAUUACCGAAGCCACAGCACAGCCCAUUGCUAGACUAGGGAUUGCUCUACGGCUCGGCAUCACCGGGACACGUGAUCACGAGCUUGCGCAGCAGCACCGCAAGUUCAAGCCUGAUUGGCUGAUGCGAGGAGAGGGAUCACGCGUGCGCACUUUCUCACGCGCGAGCAAGGCCUCGGCGGGUGUUGUUCUUCGGUCUUCAUGCUCUCUCUCUAUCUGUAGAGCUCUAAUUCCUCACCCCAGUUCACAAUGUUCCCGGAACUCAAUAACCUUCUCAGCAGCACCCCAGACAAGACGGAGCAGGGGAAACUGACUCUGCUCUGUGAUGCCAAGACCGACGGCAGCUUCCUUGUGCAUCACUUCCUUUCCUUCUACCUCAAAGCCAAUUGUAAAGUAUGCUUUGUGGCACUCGUCCAGUCCUUCAGCCACUAUAAUAUUGUGGGGCAGAAGCUGGGUGUCAGCCUGACAGCAGCACGGGAAAGCGGGCAGCUUGUGUUCCUGGAGGGCCUCAAGUCCACAGUGGACAUCUUCUUCCACACUCCGGAGGAGCCUCAACCCCUGCAGUUUCUCAGGGAGGCCAGCGCGGGGAACCUCCAGACACUGUAUGAGUUUGUGCAGGACACUCUGAAGCCCGUGGACAGUGGGGAGACUCCAUGGAAGUACCCAGUGCUGUUGGUGGACAACCUCAGUGUGCUGCUGAGCCUGGGCCUGGGGGCGGUCACUGUGCUGGACUUCAUGCAGUACUGCAGGGCCACGGUUUGCUGCAAAUGGAAGGGGAAUGUGGUCGCCCUUGUGCACGACGACAGAGAUGCUGAGGAUGAGGAGAACGACGUCCUGCUGAAUGGUCUUAGUCACCAAAGCCACCUGAUCUUGCGGGCUGAGGGCCUGGCCACUGGGUUCUGCAAGGAUGUGCAUGGACAGGGUUUCUUUGUAUAGCCCUGGCUGUCCUGGAACUGUCCUGGAAUGUGCUGGCAUUGAAGUCGCGCACCACCACUGCUUGACUAAGAUUUUAAUUUUCUACAUAAAAGUUUUACAAGGUGGGGGAGGUUUAUGGAAUAUUAGCCUUUGGAGGGCAGGCUACUUUUGAUAAAAAUGAAUACAAACAAACAAAAAAACCUAUUUUUCACAAGUGAGGCCCUGGACUGCAAACAGCUCUGGGAGAACUGAAUGGGAUUCAGUCAUAGAGCAUAACAAAUGACUUGGGUUCAAGUCCAGCACUCAAAACAAACACUCAACAAAUAAAACUAGAAAGACCGAGACAGUGGUGCAAGUGGAGAAAGAAGUGACCGAGAAGUGAGAUCCUCACUCCCAGGGCUGCCGAGAAGGCAGAUGUGGUAUCUGAGGGGAACAGCCUUGCAGAGAGCUAUCUAAGGUUGCAGGUAAUCCUUGAACUGUAUAGAUAGCCCUGGAACUCAGGAGGAGCUCACAUCAGUUUUGCCUCAGACUUUCUCUCUCUCUCUCUUUUUUGGUAAAGACUUAUUUAUUUAUUAUGUAUACAGCAUUCUGCCUGCAUGUAUCCCUGCAGGCUUAAAGAUGGCAUCAGAUUUCAUCACAGAUGGUUGUGAGCCACCAUGUGGUUGCUGGAAAUUGAACUCAGGACCUCUGAAGUUGAAGUGCACUUACCCUCUGAGCCAUCUCUCCAACCCCUUGGCUCGGACUCUUAAAUGCUAAGAUUACAGGCAUUCGCCACCAGCCCGGGUGUUUUGGUUUGCCUAUCUGUUGCUAGAAUAAAGCACUAACCCACAUUAACCUGGGAUGGAGGUUGGGGCUAGAGAGAUGGGUCGGUAGUUAAAGUACUGUUGCCCUCACAGAGGACUGGGUCCCACUUCCAGCAACUACAUGGUGGCUCACAACCAUCUCUAACUUCAGUUCCAGGGGGAGCUGAAGCCCUCCUUUGGACACUAGGCACACAUGUGGUGCAAAUACACACCAGCAGGCAAAACACUCAUACACAUUGUAAAACUUUAAGACAGUUCUGAAGCCAUUUCUGACAAUUCUGAACCCUCUCAGCCUCUGUGCCUUAGUGCUUCCCCUCCUCCCCUGGGAACCAAGGACCUAACAGCUACACAUGCACGAAUGUUCUCCAGAAAUUAGGGCAAGAUAACCUUUAAGAUGUUGACUCAGUUUCUGGACAAUUACCCAUACACGUAUGUUUUGAUUCAGUCCCCUGGGAAACGGGAUCAAAAUGACCUCUUACCUCAUCUGAUCUGGCAACAGCUCUCCAGCCAAUUAUUGGUAACAGCCCUUUUGAAUAAGCCAAUCAUAAUAGUCAAAGAACAACCCUCCUUGCUUUUGUGGCCUUCUCCUUCAAAAGUAGCCCGUACCAGCUAUUCGAGGUCUCUCGGCUUCCCAGAUGCUGAGGGACCCUGUCAUGACAGAAUUAAU